AUGGGAAGGAGCUCGACCACCGACCGACUCCAGCUCACCUGGGCGCGACACCACCCACCGCCCGAGUCCAGCUCACCUGGGCGCGACACCACCCACCGACCGACUCCACCUCACCUGGGCGCGACACCACCCACCGCCCGACACCAGCUCACCUGGGCGCGACACCACCCACCGCCCGACUCCAGCUCACCUGGGCGCGACACCACCCACCGCCCGACUCCAGCUCACCUGGGCACGACACCACCGCCCGACUCCAGCUCACCUGGGCGCGACACCACCCACCGCCCGACUCCAGCUCACCUGGGCGCGACACCACCCACCGCCCGACUCAGCUCACCUGGGCGCGACACCACCCACCGCCCGAUUCCAGCUCACCUGGGCGCGACACCACCCACCGCCCGACUCCAGCUCACCUGGGCGCGACACCACCCACCGCCCGAUUCCAGCUCACCUGGGCGCGACACCACCCACCGCCCGACUCCAGCUCACCUGGGCGCGACACCACCCACCGCCCGAGUCCACCUCACCUGGGCGCGACACCACCCACCGCCCGACUCCAGCUCACCUGGGCGCGACACCACCCACCGCCCGAGUCCAGCUCACCUGGGCGCGACACCACCCACCGCCCGACUCCAGCUCACCUGGCGCGACACCACCCACCGCCGAUUCCAGCUCACCUGGCGCGACAGCACCCACCGCCCGAGUCCAGCUCACCUGGGCGCGACACCACCCACCGCCCGACUCCAGCUCACCUGGGCGCGACACCACCCACCGCCCGAGUCCAGCUCACCUGGGCGCGACACCACCCACCGCCCGAGUCCAGCUCACCUGGGCGCGACACCACCCACCGACCGACUCCACCUCACCUGGGGCGCGACACCACCCACCGCCCGAGUCCACCUCACCUGGGCGCGACACCACCCACCGCCCGAGUCCACCUCACCUGGGCGCGACACCACCCACCGCCCGACUCCAGCUCACCUGGGCACGACACCACCGCCCGACUCCAGCUCAUCUGGGCACGACAGCACCGCCCGACUCCAGCUCACCUGGGCACGACAGCACCGCCCGACUCCAGCUCACCUGGGCGCGACACCACCCACCGACCGACUCCAGAUCACCUGGGCGCGACACCACCCACCGCCCGAUUCCAGCUCACCUGGGCGCGACACCACCCACCGCCCGAGUCCAGUUCACCUGGGCGCGACACCACCCACCGCCCGACUCCAGCUCACCUGGGCGCGACACCACCCACCGCCCGAGUCCACCUCACCUGGGCGCGACACCACCCACCCGCCCGACUCCAGCUCACCUGGGCGCGACACCACCCACCGCCCGAGUCCAGCUCACCUGGGCGCGACACCACCCACCGACCGACUCCAGCUCACCUGGGCGCGACACCACCCACCGCCCGAGUCCAGCUCACCUGGGCGCGACACCACCCACCGCCCGAGUCCACCUCACCUGGGCGCGACACCACCCACCGCCCGACUCCAGCUCACCUGGGCGCGACACCACCCACCGCCCGACUCCAGAUCACCUGGCGCGACACCACCCACCGACCGACUCCAGCUCAGCUGGGCGCGACACCACCCACCGCCCGACUCCAGCUCACCUGGGCGCGACACCACCCACCGCCCGACUCCAGCUCACCUGGGCGCGACACCACCCACCGCCCGACUCCAGCUCACCUGGGCGCGACACCACCCACCGCCCGACUCCAGCUCACCUGGCGCGACACCACCCACCGACCGACUCCUGCUCACCUGGGCGCGACACCACCCACCGCCCGAGUCCAGCUCACCUGGGCGCGACACCACCCACCGACCGACUCCAGCUCACCUGGCGCGACACCACCCACCGCCCCGACUCCAGCUCACCUGGCGCGACACCACCCACCGCCCGACUCCAGCUCACCUGGGCGCGACACCACCCACCGCCCGACUCCAGCUCACCUGGGCGCGACACCACCCACCGCCCGACUCCAGCUCACCUGGGCGCGACACCACCCACCGCCCGACUCCAGCUCACCUGGGCGCGACACCACCCACCGCCCGACUCCAGCUCACCUGGGCGCGACACCACCCACCGCCCGACUCCAGAUCACCUGGGCGCGACACCACCCACCGCCCGAGUCCAGCUCACCUAGGCGCGACACCCCCCACGUCCAAACACUCCGAGGGAGAGUCGGCUCUCGUAAUUCUCCCUUGA